AUGGCGCGUGUCAAACGAUCAUUCGCCACGAUGAGGGGAGACGAGAGGUCGACCAUGUCACCACCACCUCACAGGGGCGAGCUCAUGUCGAGAUGCUCCUCCAACCCUUCGACCCACUUGCAUGCUGGCUCGAGUCGCGAGCCGUCACUCGAGUCGCCCGACUUCAGUGGCCGUUUGCCCAGGUUUCCCGCCGAGGCGUCUGUUGUGCUCGUCGGGGUCCGGGCAGCCGGCAAAACCACACUCGCCGUCAUGGCAGCUUCGGCGUUGAAGAAGAAGAUAGUAGACGUCGAAUCCGCUUUCCAACGCUCAACCAACUAUUCGAGCCCUGCAUACAGCAAGGCUCACGGCGCAACCCAGUGCCAGAAGAAGCAAGGCGACGUCCUCGAGCAUGUCCUGCAAACCAAUCCUCGAGAUUGCAUCAUCAUUUGCUCGUGGAUGGAGCGACGGGUUCAGGGUCUUUUGCGACAGUUUGCCACCACACAUCCCGUCAUACAUGUGAUGCGAAGCCAGCAAGCCAUACGCGAUUGCCUCAAGAUAGCGUCCGAGACGAAGCUGGAAACGUUUUGGCGGACGAGCAAUGCAUUUUUCCGCACAUGCUCGAAUCUCGAAUUCUUCAACGUGUCGGAAUCCGGCGCCGCAGACCUUGACCCGGCAGCCACCACGACAAGUACCUCUCAUGCCGCGGAUUCACCACCGCACCUGGCUCUCAAGAAAGCAGAAAGGCACCUGCUGAAUUUCCUUUCCCAAAUCUAUCCGCCAGGUACGAUUCCCUUCUUCGAGUCGGCAUAUCCUCUAGCAAGCGUCCUCACGGAACACCGUCGUUACACGUAUGCCCUAUCCAUCCCGAUUGAAGAUAUCCUACAGCGAGACUUUGAUUUGGAAAACUACUCGGCUGGUGUGGAUGCCUGUCAGAUCACCGUCAGUCAUCUCGAUACGCUGUGGCCGGAUGCUACGUAUCUCGAGAGGUAUACAAGCAUGGCCAAUCGCAUCACAGAGGCGGUCGGCCUGGCACGCAGAAGCAGCGUCUUGCCCAUCAUAGUCCACAUCAAUCAUGCGGAUUCCUCAUCGACAUCAGCGACGUACCUUUACCUUGAUUUGCUCUCUCACACUCUGUCUCUCGUGCCCGAAAUGAUGACGGUGGAUUUAUGUCUGAAUGACGAUGCCAUCUCCAAACUCGUGGCGCAAAAGAGAGGCUCAAGAUUGAUCGGCGACUACACUCUCACCAACAGCUUCGAAUCUUGGCACUCUCCGAUUUGGAUCUCUCAAUACCGGCGGGCAGUGGAGCUGAAUUGCGACCUUGUGCGCCUGCUAAAACCAGCCAAUGCUAUCGACGACAAUUUCGACCUCGUCCACUUCCACGCUGCCGUCUACGCGCUGCCGGGUCCCCAUCUUCCGCUUACGGCCUACAACACGGGACCGUUUGGGAGACACUCGGCUUUCUUGAAUCAGACUCUGACUCUGGUCUCUCACGGCAGGGAUAUCUCUCCAUCGACCGGUCAAGGAUCGCUGGACCUUACUGCGCAAGAAGCUACGCGAGCACUAUAUUCUAGCUUUCUGUUCGACCCAAUGAAACUCUACGUUUUUGGCGCAAAUGUCGAGUAUAGUCUAUCACCAGCAAUGCACAAUGCAGCACUGGAGAUGUGCGGUAUUCCCCACCGAUACCGUCUGUGUUCAACAAGCUCGUUGAGCCAGGUCAGACAUCGCAUACAGGAUCCCAACUUUGGUGGCGCGUCGAUAGGUUUGCCUUUCAAGGUGGAGUUCAUCACCCUGGCAGAUUCCUUGAGCACUCAUGCUCAGGCUAUAGGCGCCAUCAACACUUUGAUUCCCAUUCGCAAGCUGGAUGAGAAUGGCUCGAUCCCUACUGGUGCGUCCUUCUUCCGCGGAGUCAACAGGGCCGGGCCCGUGCAGGCCCUGUAUGGAGAAAACACUGACUGGAUCGGCAUCCGCGCCUCCAUCCGUCGCGGUCUUUCGCCAGCUAACGCAGUUCGGCCCACGACUUGCGCGCUCGUCAUAGGCGCCGGAGGCAUGGCUCGUGCCGCCGUGUAUGCCCUCCUUCAGGUGGGCGUCAGCAACAUCGCCAUCUACAACCGCACCAUGAGCAACGGGGAAAAGUUGGUGGAGCACUUCAAACUGUUACUGAAAAGGAGCGAAUACCAAGGCCUCGGGGCAGGCGGAAACACCAAGUUUGAGGUUCUGAGCAAAAUUGACGACCCGUGGCAGUCCGACUUCCGGCUGCCCUCCGUAAUCAUUUCCUGCAUCCCCACGCAUCCUAUCGGGGACGUGCCAUCACCCGAGUUUCAGCUGCCAGAGUCAUGGCUGGGGAACCAAACGGGCGGUGUGGUUUUCGAGCUCGGUUACAAGACCCUGGACACGCCUCUGCUGCGUCAAGCAGUGGCGCACGCGAACCGCGGAUGGGUAGCCAUGGACGGCUUAGACCUGCUACCCGAUCAGGGAUUCGCCCAGUUUGAGCUCUUUACUGGGCGACGAGCACCUAGAAGAGUGAUGAGAAGGGCGAUAAUCGACAACUACCCCGGUCAGCAUCCCGAUCAGUAUGAGAGGUCUAAUCCAGAAGAACUACGCCGCCGAUUGCGGAAAGUAGUCGAAUAA